AUGGCGGGCAACGUCAGGGAGAGGUUCUCUUAUGGGGCAGUGGGCCGUGGACGGGGUGCAUUGCGGAGGGCGAGCAAGGCUGUAAGGCAGACUUCCAAUUCCCCAAUUCAUACUGGUGGUGGCGACUCCAAGGGCAAGCGUUUCAACAGCAGUUGGGCGGAUAGAGGUGGUUCAAGGCAACAGAGGGCGGAGGGCUAUGCUACACAGCAUGUUGUCGUCACCCUUCAGCUGAUGUUGAGGGCGGGCCAAGCAUUUCCAUACCCUCGAAGCAGUCUAGCCGCCGAACAUCCAAAAUUCACAAAACAUGCCUGGACAAUCCAGAACCCAACCUGUGUUAGUGCCCAACCGAGGCUCUGUCCUUCCACAAGACAUGCUUCUGCGCGCGAUCCUGAAACAGCUGUGGCUGCUGCUAAAGCGCUGUAUUGCUGUGUUGCUGAGCAAGGAUAUUCUCCUUUGAUUCUUCAUUCAGCUCCGUGGCACCCAAUGAAAGCAGAAUCUAGUCUAGCAUUUCGGAAAGUCGCAGAAAUUCCUUCGGCUUCGUUUACGUUUCCAUCAUUGCGCAAGGUUAGUACAAGAAGAGUUGUGCCGGCAAUUCCAGGCUAUCCAAAGAGACGUUGCGCGAUUACAAGCGAGGCUCAAGGCCCAUCCAUUGACAUUAUAUACUUUCCACAUUCAAGCCAGAACCCCAUCCUUCCCCUUCAACAGGACGGGCGAGACCAGGCAACCCGGAAUAAGAAGCAUCUUCCCAUUUUCAUGAACUUUGCCACCAUGUUGACCCCAGGGUUUCCUUCCCUAUCGCGUGUGGCUUUCUUGAUCCGUGCAGGCCCCUCCCAUGAGCGGGCGACUAGCGUGAGCCACCAGACCGAUAAAAUUCGUGCGCAGAUUGUAGAUCUGGUUCGAGCUAGUCACCCACUCAUGGAAGGGCCUCCAUACUCUCUUGUCGAUCAUUUUAGUAGUAGUUACGAGUGCCGCAUUUGCUCGUGCGUCCGAUCUUUCGUCUUUGGCCUCUUUUCUAUCUUCUACUUCUCGCUUGCAGUCGUGGUUGAUCGCCAAGUACUAGGAAAUCGCUGCCAGCCGAUGCUUGUAGCAAACCAAAAUUACAAUCAGCCAGAGGGCGCGACAUCUUUCCCAACGCAACUGGAAUCUAUACUAAUGCCCUUCUUAGUCUCCAGUCACUACAAUGACGUCUCUCGAGUUGUGCACUUUCGACCAGAGAGGAUGAAGUGUGCCAACAAGCUUUUGCUAACAGCCUCGAAUGUGCUUAUCCACUUUCAAACAAUGGUUUCAGUUCCGCCCAGACUGAAGGGUGCCUUUCCAUUCUGGCUCGCCCUUAAGGGAAGACUUCCAUUUGGCAUGGUAUCCCCGCAGUUACCAACAAAUAGGGCCGGUUGGCAGCUUACCGCAACGUGUCUCCCAGGUAGUCGCCAUGUGCGAACUCUGCUUACUACGUCUUAUCUCACUGCCAAUUCCUCCCGAAUACGCAAUGGACUCCACAGCACUGCUCUAUUCAGAUCGAGGAAUUUUGGCGCCACUUGGAUCUUGAAAACCCAGCCAGAGACUUCAAGACUGGCGAACAUCGCGGCAACCCCACAACAGUCGAUGAAGCAAACCCUUCAGCAAGUUAACACCCUCAAAGGCAGCGAGCUUCAGAUCUCAAUCAUGUGUGAACUCCAGAACCCGCUGCUCAAGUCUUCGAAUUGGACGAAGGAAGACCCACUAAAGCGGACCUUGAAUAGCUGGCCAGUAUGUGGUGAUGUGAAUGCACGGAAGCUUAAUUUUUUUGUCGUCACUUUUCUUCCUUGUGAUCUUUAUCAACUGCACACCUUGUUUCCAUCAUGGUAUCAUAUACCACAGUAUUAG